UGAUGUUGUCAAUGCAAAUAAAUCAAUUAACCUUAACCUUAACAAUAAUCAAAACACAAACUCACAAGUUGACAUACCUCGAAAUAUUCACAUUUCUCUUGAAUAUUUUGCUUAAUUCAACCAAAGUUCCUUUUUCAUUGUAACAUUCCAUUAUUUGAAAAGAGAAAAGCCAUUCAUCGUCUGUUUGUCAUACAUAUAUCAUAAACCUUCUUCAUUCGUUAUUCAUCCAUGCAUUCCGUGAGUCUGUGAGAUAACCAACCACAUUGACCCUGAAUCGAGGAAGGAAAGGCAUUAAUUACCUUGCUCCGCGUUGCAUCACUGCAUUACUACAUUACUGCUUUGCGACACCAGUAAGAAGGCAUCGGUUAUCAACAACGACUUCUUCUAAAAUAGCCAAUACUCACUCCUCUGGAAAACUAUCACAUCACCCCAUACCUUCCAUCGUCUGCCGUUUGUCAACAUGUCCAACCCUCUCGACACCGAUGCAGGCUCGGAGCUCUUUAGCAGUUAUGAAGCAGAGCUCAAACUGGUGCAAGCCGAUUUAAACCAAAAGUUGGAUCAGAUCCCUGAUCUCACUGGAGAACCUCGUAAAGCUGCCAUUAGUCAAGCGGAAAGAGCCUUGGAAGAGGCAAAUGAGUUGGUAGGUUCAAGGAUGAAAUGGCUGUUAUCUACUACUAACACUUAUCUAGCUGGAUCAAAUGCGACUCGAGAAACAAAAUAUCCCUUCAGCAACCCGUACCAAAGUCAACCAACGAUUUCGAAAUCAUGAAUCGGACGUGGAUGUAUCCAAGAGGAAAUUAAAAACUUUAGAGAGCGAUCGAUCUGCUCUAUUUGGUUCACGUUAUUCCGACAAUCCAAAUGAUGUUCAACUCGAACAAAGGCAACAACUUCUAUCGGGGACGGACAGAUUGGACCGAAGCUCACAGAGAUUGAAGGCUAGUCAGGCAUUGGCAAAUGAGACAGAGGCUAUUGGUGCUAGUACACUCGCAGAUUUACAUAGACAGAGAGAGACCAUCCAACAUACGCAUAAUACCUUGCUACAGAGCGAAGGGUUCGUUGAUAGGAGCGUUAAGACGUUGAGGGGGAUGUCUCGUAGGUAAAUUGUCCCUAGAUCCCCUCACAACUGCCGGGGAUGUAACGCUAACCACCUUCUUUUAGGAUGGCUACCAACCGGAUAAUCACCGUGGCCAUUAUCACAGUCUUGGUUCUUCUUAUUAUUGCUGUUAUUGUUAGCAAGUUCAGAUGAAGAUUGCUUGCUUUUACCGGGGCGUUCUUCGGUAUUCGGUUUUCAGAUACACUUUGCCAUAGGCUGAUUUUUAAUACAACUUUGUACCAUUGGUUUACAUUAAAAAGCUUCCAAAGCUGCGAUUUGCGCAAAGCAAAGGUGAUUGGUUUUAUUCGAGUUUUCCAUGAGUGCCGAGUACACUGGAAAGCGGUCCGAAAUACAUCUGUUGCAUGGUUCGGGCAGGUG